GGCGCCUAGCGGCGCUGUUUAAUAUAAUAGAGAAACAGAAGAAACAAGCGGCGUAAGAUGGCGUCUCUGAAUGACAGAUCAGUUUGGGAUGAGGUGGAGGAUGGAAUUGGUGAGGAAGUCCUCAAGAUGUCCACAGAGGAAAUCGUGCAGCGAACGCGACUUCUGGACAGCGAGAUUAAAAUCAUGAAGAGUGAAGUGCUGCGUGUCACUCAUGAGCUGCAGGCUAUGAAAGACAAAAUCAAAGAGAACACGGAGAAGAUCAAAGUGAAUAAGACUCUGCCGUACCUCGUCUCCAAUGUCAUCGAGCUUUUGGAUGUUGACCCGAAUGACCAGGAAGAGGAUGGGGCCAACAUUGAUUUGGACUCUCAGAGGAAGGGCAAAUGUGCCGUCAUCAAAACGUCCACACGACAGACCUAUUUCCUGCCAGUAAUUGGCUUGGUUGACGCUGAAAAAUUGAAACCUGGCGAUCUUGUGGGUGUCAAUAAGGACUCGUAUCUGAUUUUGGAGACUCUGCCCACUGAAUAUGACUCCAGGGUAAAAGCCAUGGAGGUGGAUGAGAGGCCCACUGAGCAGUACAGUGACAUCGGAGGUCUCGACAAGCAGAUCCAGGAGCUGGUGGAGGCAAUUGUCCUCCCGAUGAACCAUAAGGAAAAGUUUGAGAAUUUGGGCAUCCAGCCUCCAAAAGGUGUUCUGAUGUAUGGACCUCCAGGAACUGGAAAAACCCUGUUGGCGCGAGCCUGCGCCGCACAAACCAAGGCAACGUUCCUGAAGCUCGCCGGCCCUCAGCUGGUGCAAAUGUUCAUCGGAGAUGGUGCCAAGCUGGUGCGUGACGCCUUUGCCCUGGCCAAAGAGAAAGCCCCCUCGAUCAUCUUCAUCGACGAGCUGGAUGCCAUCGGCACCAAGCGUUUCGACAGCGAGAAGGCCGGAGACCGAGAGGUGCAGAGGACCAUGCUGGAGCUGCUGAACCAACUCGAUGGCUUUCAGCCCAAUAUGCAAGUUAAGGUUAUCGCAGCCACUAACAGAGUGGACAUUUUGGACCCUGCGCUGCUGCGCUCAGGCCGACUGGACCGGAAGAUCGAGUUUCCCAUGCCCAACGAGGAGGCUCGUGCCCGUAUUAUGCAGAUCCAUUCACGCAAGAUGAACGUCAGUCCGGAUGUGAACUAUGAGGAGCUGGCCCGCUGCACCGAUGACUUCAACGGAGCUCAGUGUAAAGCUGUGUGCGUAGAGGCGGGUAUGAUAGCACUGCGCCGCGGGGCCACCGAGCUCAACCACGAAGACUACAUGGAGGGUAUUCUGGAGGUCCAGGCCAAGAAGAAAGCCAACCUGCAGUACUACGCUUAAGUCUGGGGAAUGACUGUGUGUGUCGAGUGAGGGAGUGUAAGAGGUGCUGAUGUGUCGGGGCAAUGUGUGGAAUCUGAAAUGUGAAACGGAGUGGAAAACGAUCGCUGCAGCCUUUCAUUUUACAUCUUGAACUUGGCUGCCUGUGUCACAUCCCGAUCGUAGAGAGCAUUUUUCUGUGUACUGUUUUUUUGUCAAUGUUCCUUGAGGAAAAAAACACAUUAAAACAUUUUUCAUUAAUGUAA